AUGAUGUUGUCUGCGACGUCGACGCAGCGCUUGCGCCGCGAGGCCGCCUCGGUGCGGCGUGAUCCUCGCAAUGCGCGGCAUCUGCACUUGCUGCAGCAGCAACUGGGAAGCUCGCUGCAGCGCAACGGAAUGCGCGGUGUGCUUCGUGGUGCCCAGCAGAACCCGGCGGUGAUGCGUCAUGUACUGCAGUCCACGCGUCCGCACACGUUCCUGCGAAGGUCAAACGCGAAUAAACCCUUGAGUUGGGCAACUUGGCUGCAGGAGAACAUCCCUAAAGGUUUUGGUCGUUUCUAUCCGAAGAACGGAGCUAGUGGUGCUGGCAAAGCCAGUGGGCCGCCCAAAACUGCCCCAAAAACAGGUGAAAAGGGGGCUGGAGACGUCAAGAAAUUAAGUUCCAAGACAGCGGAGAAAAAAGCUGGAGGCAGCGGUGGUUCGGGAGGAAGUGGAGGCCCAAGUGGCAAGGACGGCAUGGCAUAUCUGGUGCCACUGGCAGUAGCUGCCCUGUUCCUGUCGGACAUGGCGUCGAUCGACAAGCCCAUGCAGGAAAUUACGUACCAAGAGUUCCGUAACACUUUCUUGGAGUCAGGACGUGUGGAGAAGCUCGUGGUGGUCAAUAAGAAAUACGUCAAGGUGUUUCUAAAUGACAUGACUGGAGCUACACAGCCAGUGGGAGCGAGCUCGACGCACGGCUCUGCCAGUAACUUUUCGGACUGGCAGGAGCCUCACGGUAAGGUACAACACGAGCAUGACUUUACAGAGUCAGAUCGUCAACCUAGCGGUGGUCGAGGAGUGACUUUGCCUGGCUUGGGGUCACGUGGUGGCUCCACUGGACGCCCGAUCAACAGUCCGACGUACUACUUUAACAUUGGCAGUGUGGAGGGCUUUGAGCGUCAGAUUGAGCACGCACAGCACCAGAUGGGCAUCCGUCCCCACGACUACAUCCCCGUGCAGUACAGCAGCGAGAUCAGCUUCACGUCGGAGCUGAUGAAGUUCCUGCCGACUAUGGUGUUGAUUGGCUUCCUGCUCAUGUCGAUGCGUGGCAUGGGCGGUGGUGCUGGUGGCGGUGGCGGCGGUAUCGGCAACAUCUUCAAGGUCGGCAAGAGUCCAGCCAAGAAGAUCACCAAGGAGGACAUCAAGAUCUCGUUUAAGGACGUGGCUGGUGUGGAUGAAGCCAAGAAGGAGAUCAUGGAGUUCGUGGACUUCCUACGUAACCAGAAGCGCUUCACGGAUCUGGGAGCCAAGAUCCCUAAGGGCGCUCUGCUUGUCGGCCCGCCUGGUACGGGUAAGACGCUGCUGGCUAAGGCUACGGCUGGCGAAGCGAGCGUGCCGUUCUUCAGUAUCUCCGGCUCGGAUUUCAUCGAAAUGUUCGUCGGUGUGGGUCCGUCUCGUGUGCGUGAUCUGUUCAAGGAAGCUCGAGCCAACGCUCCGUGCAUCGUCUUUAUCGAUGAGAUCGACGCCGUCGCGCGUGCUCGAAGCAAAGGAAACUUCUCAGGUGGCAACGAUGAGCGUGAGAACACACUGAACCAGCUGCUGGUCGAGAUGGAUGGCUUCAACUCGAGUGAGGGCGUUGUGGUGCUCGCUGGUACCAACCGCGCAGAUAUUCUAGACAAGGCCAUCUUGCGUCCUGGUCGAUUCGACCGACAGAUCACUGUGGAUGUCCCGGAUAUCAAGGGCCGUCGCGAGAUCUUCAAGGUGCAUCUGCAGGGCUUGACGCUGGAUGGCAAGGUGGACGACUUCGCGCGUCGGAUGGCUGCACUGACGCCUGGUUUUGCUGGUGCUGAGAUCGCGAAUAUCUGUAACGAGGCCGCUAUUGUGGCUGCACGACGAAAUGGCACCAAGAUCUCGUUCAAGGACUUCGAGCAGGCUACAGACCGUGUGAUCGGCGGACUCGAGACGAACCGCAUCAUGUCUCCUGAGGAGAAGAAGACGGUGGCGUAUCACGAGGCCGGACACGCUGUGGCUGGCUGGUUCUUGGAGCACGCUGACCCGUUGCUGAAGGUGACGAUUGUGCCGCGGGGUAAAGGAUCGCUUGGCUACGCCCAGUACCUCCCGAAGGAAGUGGCUCUACACAGUCGUGAGGCUCUGACGGACAUGAUGUGCAUGGCUCUCGGUGGUCGUGCGUCGGAGUUCGUGAACUUCGAUGGUCGUAUCACAACCGGCGCGUCCGAUGAUCUGCGUCGUGUGACUCAGAUCGCUUACUCGAUGGUGCAGUUAUACGGUAUGAAUGAUCGUGUGGGACAGCUCUCGUUCCCUAGAGAGGAAGGAGGGUAUCCGGACAAGCUAUACAGUGACAAGACGUCCGAGGUCAUGGACGAGGAAGUGCAGAAGAUCGUACACAACGCGUACGAACGCACCAAGGAGUUGUUGAUGGAGAGGCAGACGCAACUGCAUGAACUGGCCGAGGAAUUGCUGCAGAACGAGACCAUCAACCACGGAGACAUUGUGCGCGUGCUGGGUCCUCGUCCGUUUGGCGGCAACAAGACGUACACGGAGUUCGUGGAGGAGUCCUGGAAGGACGCUGAUCAGUAUGAAGCAGACAAGGCCAAGGCAGCACCCGAAGCUACACCCGAAGCGAAGGAUAGUGACACGGAGUCCAGUGAGGAUGAAGCUAAGGACGACAAGUAG